AUGCGCGGUCACAUCGCCAUUUCGCAGAUCGUCAAGAUGGCGGAGAGCGCGACUUUGGACGGCAAGCAAGAGACGGCGCCAGCUCAAGGCACGGCGCCCCCCGGCAGCACGCCACCUCCGACACAGCAGCGCACCGGCGACGCCCCUGCAAGCACCGCACCAGCAGGCGGCGGCAGCGGCCAGGCGGGUAACUCAGCGUCCGGCGACACUUCGACGGACAGCACCAAGACGGGCGCGACCACGCGCAGAUUCACAGUGUCACCCAGAGUUUCCCCUGAAUAUCACGUGUCACUCUGGGUCAUUGUCACCCCAGAGUGCUAG